AUGAUGACCUUAUCCUGGGAAAACCAAAUAAUGAUAGUGGAGUUUGUUCUUCGAGGAUUCUCUUCCAUCCUGCAGCUAAAUAUUUCCCUCUUUAUAAUGUUUUUCAUCUUCUACAUCCUAACUGUUUCUGGAAACAUCCCCAUUGUUCUCCUAGUUCUGUGCAACCAUGCUCUCCACACUCCCAUGUACUUCUUCCUAGUCAACCUGUCCUUUUUGGAGGUCUGCUAUACCUCCAACAUUGUCCCCAAGAUGUUGCUGAUUAUCAUAGCCAACCAAAAGACUAUCUCAGUGGUUGGCUGCUUAGCACAAUUUUCCUUAUUUGGAUCCCUUGCUGCAACAGAGUGCCUCUUGCUCGCUGUGAUGUCCUAUGACCGCUACCUUGCUAUCUGCCAGCCUCUCCGAUAUCCCAUCCUGAUGACUGGUCCUCUCUGUUUUAGGUUGGCUACUGGAUCUUGGUCCUGUUGCUUCCUUCUCACAUCUGUCACCAUGGUCCUGCUGUGUAGACAGAACUUCUGUGGCCCUAAUGAAAUUGAUCACUUCUUUUGUGACUUUGUCCCUUUGAUUCAUCUCUCCUUCAUGGAUACUUCACUGACUGAGACCAUUGCCUGCACCUCUUCUGCAGUCACUCUGGUCCCGUUUCUCCUCAUCACAAUUUCCCAUGCAUGCAUUCUCUUUGUCAUCCUAAGAAUACCGUCUGGCACAGGCCAGAGAAAGGCUUUCUCCACCUGUUCUUCCCAUCUCACUGUCGUCACAGUAUUUUACGGAACACUGAUUGCCACAUAUCUUGUACCUUCAGCCAACUCUUCGCAACACUUGCGUGAAGUGUUUUCUCUGCUGUAUACUAUCCUGACACCUGUGUUCAACCCUAUUAUCUAUAGCCUGAGAAACAGAGACAUCCAUGAAGCUUUGAAGAAAUUCUUGAGCAAGAAGUCAGGCUUCCUCAUAUGA